AAACUACAAUUGUGUAUAUUGAGUAGAGAACAGAAGUUAUUUCCAAAUAGAGAUACAGGAAACUUGAAAGUGCCUGUUCAUCGUUUAUCAGCAUUUCAGAAUGAAUCAGCAAUUUGCUAAGAUCAACAAACCUUUAUUUUGAAUUCAAACAAGAGUAUACAUUUUUAAGAAUAUAAAAAAGUUCAGACGUGACAUAGGAGUCUAAAUUUGGUAUUGAUAAAUUAAUAAAAUUUUUGGUCUGUGAGGUACCUUGGAGGUACCUUAUAUUUUACUUUCUAGGCUUGAAAACUGUUAGAAGGAUACUGACAAAUAUUAGAAGGUCAUGUACCACUGUAACCUGGUUUAGUCGUUAGAAAGUUAAGCUUUUGGGCAAAAUAAAUUACUAAGUCAAAUGGUUUUCAGAAUUAGGGAAAUUGAUUUUCAAAAUGACUUUCUGUAGUUCUCCAUUCUAGUGAGGCCAAGGCUGAGACGUCUUCAUUCACACUGUCAGUUGUAUUGGCUAUGUUUAGAGUUACCAGUCCUUACUCUUGGGCUAGUUGUCUUGCAAGUGUGUUUGUAGAGCACUGGGAUGUACUGGGGCUCUCUGUUGCCCCUCGCAGCUUCUGGAAAAGCCAUCCAAGGACUUUCCCUGAAUGCUUGGCUCAGUGGUGUUUUUCCAUGUAUAUUCAAAUAACUGUGUGAGUUUGGAAAAAUAUCUGGAUAAUGUGGGUUUUGGAUUUGUACCCAAAAUGCCAAGUCAUACAGCAGGUUCCUGCAGUGGCCAGGUACUCAUAUAUGCUGGGGUUAUGGCAGAGUCAGGUAAGGUCGAGACAUUUAAGCUAGGACCUAAAAGGUGAGGAGUUAGCUAGCUGGAGAAUAGGGGAAGUCCCAGUAUCAGACAUGGCAUAUCUAUCCAAAGGCCCUAAGGUACGAAGCUUGGCUCGUAUGGGAUGGUGAGGAAGGAUGGUGAGACUGGAGAAUAGCAAGAGAGGGAGAGAAUGGCUUGAGAUAAGGUUAAUAGAUUGAAACCCCACUAUGCAGGGCUGUCUAAAAGUGUUAGGAUUUAAAAUUGAUAAUAAGAGAACUUGGAAGAAAUGGUAGUUUUUCACAAGGAAGAAGUCACUUUGACUGAUAUGGUCACAGUAAGUUGGAGGGAACCAAGAGGAGAUUAGACUUUUAUUAAUAUUAUUAUUAUCAUGAUCAUUUAUAGCAGCUAGCGCUUGCUUGCUUGCUUUGGGCCAGGCACUGUGCUAAACCCUUUACCCUGAUCAUCUCAUGUAUAUCUCACAACCCAGUGAGAUGCUGCUGUUAUGCUGUUUCACAAUAGGGAGCUAAGACACGGUGAGGUUAAGCAAUUUGCCUACAGCUAGGAAGUGGUGGAGCUGGAAUUUGAACCCAGGCAGCUUAUGAUUGUAGACCAUGUGCUGUUAACCACUGGGCCUAUGUUUUUCAGUGCAUGGCAUGAUCCAUUAGUGGGUUGUGAAACUGGUAUUUUUUUUUUCUUUUUAAUAUAUAGAGUAGAAAGUAAUCUGAAUAAGUUACAUAAUAAGGAUAAAAUAUUGAGAGGUGAAAUGUUCACUUUUUAUGUUAUAUACUUAUAUUUGUGUGUAUGUGAGCUUAUGCGCUAUUGCAGAAGGCAAACCUGCAUUUAUCCAGGCAAGAGCUGAUGCUGAUUUUUACUGGAAUUGGUGGGAGUGAAGACGGAGAGAAGCGGAGCUCAGUGUUAAGAGGCAGAGGCAGCAGGACUCAGCAAGAGAGUGGAUAGAGGGGCCUGGGAAAUAUCAGGAAUGACCCCAGAUUUCUGGUGGGAGCAGCAUCAGGCAAGGUUUGAUGACAAUUAGAAGCAUGUUUUCCUCUGAACUUCCCAACGCCGUUUGUUAUGCAGAAUGUCUCUGAGUGAGAACGCGAUAUUCGCCUACGAAUCUUCAGUGCACAGCACCAAUGUCUUACUCAGCCUCAACGACCAACGAAAGAAAGAUGUGCUGUGUGAUGUCACUGUCUUCGUGGAGGGUCAGCGAUUCCGUGCCCACCGGUCCUUGCUGGCGGCAUGCAGCAGUUACUUUCACUCAAGAAUCGUAGGCCAGGCCGAUGCAGAACUUAACAUUACUCUACCGGAAGAGGUGACAGUUAAAGGAUUUGAACCCUUAAUUCAGUUUGCCUACACUGCUAAACUGAUUUUAAGUAAGGACAAUGUGGAUGAAGUGUACAAAUGUGUGGAAUUUUUAGGUGUGCAUAAUAUUGAGGAAUCCUGCUUUCAAUUUCUCAAAUUUAAGUUUUCGGACUCUGCUGCAGACCAGCAAGAAUGCCCAAGGAAAAAAUGCUUUCCAACACACUGUCAGAAAACAGACCUUAAAUUUUCACUUCUGGACCAGAAGGAUCUAGAAAUUGAUGAAGUGGAGGAAUUUCUGGAAAAUGAAAAUGCUCAGACUCCUCAGUGUAAACUCCGCAGGUAUCAAGGAAAUGCAAAAGUAUCACCUCCCCGACAAGACAAUGCCAGUCAGACUUGCGAGUCCAUGUGCUUAGAAAAAGAUGCUGCUCUAGCUUUGCCAUCUUUAUGCCCCAAAUACAGAAAAUUCCAAAAAGCAUUUGGAACUGACAGAGUCCGUACUGUGGAAUCUAGUGUCAAAGACGUUCAGGCUUCUGUUCAGCCAAAUGCGACAUCGGAAAACGAAUGUCCAGGAGGAGUCCAGAACUGCACAGAUGGACAGGUGAUUUUAAAAUGUGAAGAAGGUAAAUUAGGAAUGGAACAUGAAGAAAUAAAGCAGAAAGAUCCUGCUUCUCAGUGUCCAUCAGAAAAAACAGAAGCGACUCCUUUCUCCCACAGUUCUACAGACCCUCAUGGACUCUAUUCUCUGUCUCUUUUACACACAUACGACCAAUAUGGUGACUUGAAUUUUGCUGGUUUGCAAAGCACAACAGUGUUAACAGAAAAGCCUUUGUCAGGUGCAGAUAUUCCAGAAGAGAAAACAUUUGGUGAAAGUCAAGAUUUGCAUUUGAAAUCUGACUCUGGCCCCAGGGAAGAUGGUAGCCUUGCCUCUAGUGAUCGGAGUAGCGUGGAACGAGAAGUGGCGGAACACCUAGCCAAAGGUUUUUGGAGUGACAUUUGCAGCACAGACUCUCCUUGCCAAAUGCAGUUAUCACCUGCCAUGGCCAAAGAUGCUUCAGAACAGGUCUACCCCCAGAAACGGUCUGAGUGUCCCUGGUUAGGUAUCAGGAUCAGUGAGAGCCCAGAACCAGGGCAGAGGACUUUCACGACAUUAAGUUCGGUCAACUGCCCUUUUAUAAGUACUCUGAGUGCUGAAGGAUGUUCGAGCAAUUUGGAAAUUGGAAAUGACGAUUAUGUUCCAGAACAGCCACAGGAACCUUGUCCUUAUGCUUGUGUGAUUAGCUUGGGAGAUGACUCUGAGACAGAUACAGAAGGAGACAGUGAAUCCUGUUCAGCCAGAGAACAAGAAUGUGAGGUAAAACUGCCAUUUAAUGCACAACGAAUAAUUUCACUCUCUCGAAAUGAUUUUCAAUCCUUGCUGAAAAUGCACAAACUGACUCCAGAACAGCUGGAUUGUAUCCAUGAUAUUCGAAGAAGAAGUAAAAACAGAAUUGCCGCACAGCGCUGUCGCAAGAGAAAACUUGACUGCAUACAGAAUCUUGAAUCAGAAAUCGAGAAGCUGCAAAGUGAAAAGGAGAGCUUGCUAAAGGAGAGAGAUCACAUUUUGUCAACUCUGGGUGAGACAAAGCAGAACCUGACUGGACUUUGCCAGCAAGUCUGUAAAGAAGCAGCUCUAAGUCAAGAGCAAAUACAGAUACUCGCCAAGUACUCAGCCUCAGAUUGCCCUCUUUCAUUCUUAAUUUCCGAAAAAGAGAAAAGUACUCCUGAUGGUGAACUUGCAUUGCCAUCGAUUUUUAAUGUACCCGAUGGACUUCCAGCUGCACUGCCCACCAGUGAGCAGAGCCUUUGCUAUCCCAGUGUGAGAGGAAAUGGCGAGUCUGGCUACGAGAGGGGACAGGCGGCUCCUCAGACUUCCACAGCUGCCUCUGAGCAAGUCGGGCUCCUGGAACAGUGUCGGCAGAGCAGCGGGAUCUCGGAUUUCUGUCAGCAGAUGACUGAUAAAUGUACUACUGAUGAGUAAACUUACAUUCACUGCAUUCACUUCCUACAAACCACCUGAUUUUCUACCGAGGUUUUGGCAUUGUCUUCAAAACCCAGUACCAUCACCUGGCUCUUAAGGAUAUGGUGGUUUUUGUUUUGUUUUGUCUGUUUUUUGUUUUAACCAGUAGUUUGUUGUUAACAGAAUGUCUCUUAAGUCAACUCUGACUUCUCCUUGAUUUUCACAAGAAAUUAUUUAACUCCUGGAUACUGAAAAAAUCACACGUGAAAAUGUAGUAAGCCCUUAAAACUCAUGUUUUAAAGAAGAAUAACUGUCAGUAAUAAUUCCUCCCAGUAUGCAAGUUAAAUAUGAGAAUGAACUAAUGUAGCACAUCAGCCUGGAACAUUUGCAGACAGUUCCUACUAAAGAAGUAGCCUGCAAAAUGUUAAUAAUCCGAUCUUUUUUGCAAUAUACUGGUUUGAAAGAAUAUCUUACCUGAGCAUUGCUGAUAGAGUUCUGUUCUACCAAGAGUAGGUAUAUUUGGAUAGGGAAUAUCUGUAUAGAAGCAGCAUCUUGCCUGAAGCCUAGAGCUUUACUCUUCAGCUCCUACUAAAACCAGAGGUUGGUUGGACUUCACUGUGACUUUUAAACUACAUUGUGAAUAUUUAGUGAGCAGGGGCAGGUGGUUGGCUGAAGGUGGAUGCUUCUGCUCCUCCUCAGUGUCAACUUUAGAAAUUCUGACUGCACAGUAGAUAAGUAUUAUUUUCCUUCUUUUCUUUUUUUCCUCUACCACAUCUGGGCUCAUCGUGAUCUUUCCAUUUCCUGACAUUCUUGUCCCUUUGGAAGAAGAAAGGAGUUGGGAUACAGAGCCAUGAGUAAAUGCAUUGUCCACUUAUUGUAGCCUCCCUGGAAUCCCGGAGUGCUUACCAAAAUACAAGGCUGUUUGCCUUUCCACCGAUGCAGGAAAACCAGACAUCGGGGUAAAGGAAGUUGCUUACUUUCACCGGAAGUUUGUUCAUUUUUUCAUCCUAUUUUUGAAGUCCUGAGGUUUACUCAUGAAAAGCAUUACUAUAGGUAAAGAUGUUAUCUACAACACUGCACAGGUUUGUGAAAUGGGAUGAAAUGUGAGGAAAAAGUAGAUCUUGUUCCAUUGUGGAUUUGAAUUUGGAAAUCAUAUUUAAUCCUUGCUCCCUUCGCUCAAUCUGAUGUGGUCUAAGGGCACAAUCGUUUUGACUUGGGCAUUUUAAAAUCAGUCUUUGUUUCGCCAGCCCCAUUAUACAAUGUAGUUUUUGUAAUCUGAGCACCUACCCCAUAACAUCCUGCAGUGUGGUUCUCAGCUUUGGUGUUACAGACUUGAGAGUCAGAUGAAAGCGAUGGAAUCGCUCAACUAUUAAAAAAAAAAUCCUGUAUACACAUUCACAGAAACAUUUGCAGAGCCCAGUUUUAAAGUGUACAAGAGAAGUAGCACUUGUAUUAGAAAGUACUUUGUUUCACCCAGAUCAGACACUGGAAGGGACACCUUUAGACUGCAUCCGGGAUCUAGGAAGGACCCAUGUGGCCGAUGGGAGGGAAACAACCCACUACAUAUGAAUGAGUCCAAAACAACUAGACAUUUGCCAUGAAAGCAUAUGGGGACCAGUUUUAGUAUUUCUCAGUUAUUUGUCAAACGGUACCCUUUUCGAUGGGUGGGGGAGGGCUUUGGAGGGAAGGAUAUUUCUAGUAUAUAUAUAUAUAUUCAGUGGUUUGUAUGUUAUCCCUGCUGUUGACUUAGUUGUUAUAAGUGGAAGCUAGUUAGGCUAGUUUAUUUUCUAGAGGCUUUCAUAAACACACUCAAAUUUGUCAGGGAGAAGGGAUGCUUCUAUGAUAAAUGCACAUCGUACUACACAGGAAUUGCAAAUAAAUAUCCCCAUGUAGUUAUUUCCUUGAUACUUUCAAUUUUGAUUUUCAGCUUCACAAUAUAAAAUAAUAUAAAGACUUCUCUGGUUUACAAAAUGUAAAAUCUUACACAAGCCAAUGGAAUCCUUGAUUUCCUACCUCAUUGUACACUCAGCUGUUUGUCUUAUCAGUUUAUGUAUGUGCAAACGUCAGAUAAUCUUUUGCUUUAAUUGCCGCUGUAAAUAUCUGCUUGGAAAGGUUACUUACUAUUUUAUGAUAAAACCUAGUUGUCUCUAGAAUUUAAAUAUGAUUUUGAAGGCACUUGGUUUAAAUAUCUCUCCACCUAUAAACAGUUUAGUAUUAAAGGGAUUUAUUUUAAUGAUGUUCUGAUUAUUGGCCAAGUGUAAUAUUUCUUAACAAUAUAGCAUUACUUUUAAUAGCCAGCAUGUGUAAUACAAGUAACUACACUACCUCAUACCCACAUGCUUUUCAAGAUGUAAUACAGAUGGACAGAGAGAAAAAAAAUAUUUUAUCUUUGUCUUUUGGCCAUAAGGUGGGAAGUUUUCUAUAUAUUGCAUAGCAUUACACAUUUCUGCCUACUUUAACAUUAACUUCUAAGGAAGUUUUUUCUAAGAAAAUUUGUUUCAAGUCAAUAUUUUCUUUUGAGACUGCCAAAGACAAAUGACAGGAUUAUGGAUAUACAGUGUAUACCUUUUCCUUCAUGCAGAAUUUUGAAAAGACUAUCAGUUUGUACAUUGCAUAGUUACAUGAUCAUUGUUCCUUAUUUUAUGAACUGGCCCCCUCAGUGCUUGAUGAUUUUUAAAAAGCUGUUAUUAUCUAACUCAGUAAAAUAACAUUACCUUGUUUUUCCCCUUUAUUUAAAUUCUAUAACUAGGGCAAAUAAUUUGCUUAAUUGUUAUAUUCACAACCAAUGUGGAUAUAAUCUUGGUUCUCCAUCUGUAAAUUUCAUAAUAUAAUUUACUAUAGCUUAAUGCUUAACCAGUAACAAAUAAGGAGUUAAAUAUAUUUAAUGCAAUAGACAAUACAGGUUGCAUGUGGACACUCAGCCACAUUAACAACUUGGGAAAAAAGAAUCAAUCAAAUGGCAAUGUUAUAAUGAAUUCUCAGGUGAACUUUUUCAGUUAUGAAACAUCUAUUUUGAAUUUGUAAAUAUUUUAAAUGUUUUAUUAAAGCAUGUGAUAAACUAUUCUUUGAAACUUGUUGGGCAAAAUGAAAAUUUGAAGCCAUAGUGGUAAAACAUGGCAUACUGAUCGUAAAAUAAAGAGAAAUAAUAACA